UCCAGAAUGGCCCAGAAGUUAAUCCUCGUAUUGAGCGCCCUGGUGGCAGUCUCCUCCGCCGUGGUGGUACCCGGUCCCGGCCUGGCUUUGCCCGCUUACCCAUCGUAUCCGGCACUGGCCAAGGUAGCAGCUCCAUUGGCCGUGGCCAAGGUGGCCGCCCCGGAGCCUUACGACCCAAAUCCCCAAUAUAGCUACAGCUAUGAUGUUCAUGAUGGCUCCACUGGCGAUGUGAAGAGCCAGCAGGAGAGCCGCAGCGGUGAUGUGGUCCAGGGUUCCUAUUCCCUGAUCGAGGCCGAUGGCACCCGUAGGAUUGUGGAGUACACCGCCGAUCCUGUGCACGGAUUCAACGCUGUGGUCCAUCGCGAAGGUGCCGUGGUGAAGGCAGUGGCUCCGGUGGCCAAGGUUCUGGCCCCGGCACCGCUCCUGCACUCCGCUCCGCUGGUGGCCAAGGUCCCAGCUCUGGCACCCGCCUAUCCGGCUCUGGCUCCUGCCUAUCCCGCUCUGGGUCAUGGCUAUGGACCUGCCUUGGGCCAUGCCUAUGGGCCGGCUUUGGCUCCUGCCUAUGGACCCAAACUGGCACUGCCCGCCCUGUCGCCGCUGGGCUACCACUAA